AUGGCGACGACAAGUUCGAUGUUCAUGUAUAGCUUGACUAUACAACCUCCUUCAGCCAUUACUCAAGCUGUUCUAGGUCAAUUUGCUGGUACAAAAGAGCAACAAAUCAUCACGGCUUCUGGUUCGAAGCUCACCAUCCACAGACCCGACCCUACUCAAGGGAAAAUCUCCCCAAUCUUCACCCAAGACUGUUUUGGCAUUAUCAGGACCUUAGCAGCAUUUCGACUCGCUGGUAGUAGCAAAGAUUAUCUCAUCGUGGGUUCCGAUUCUGGGCGCAUUACGAUCCUAGAGUACCUCCGAGACCAGAACCGCUUCAACCGCGUCCACCUAGAGACCUUUGGAAAAUCUGGUAUCCGCAGAGUUAUCCCUGGCCAGUAUCUAGCGGUAGAUCCCAAGGGCAGAGCAUGUCUUAUUGCCUCGGUCGAGAAGAACAAACUCGUCUACGUCCUCAAUCGAAAUGCGCAGGCCGAGUUAACAAUUUCGUCUCCAUUGGAAGCACAUAAGCCUUCGACGCUGGUGUUUGACUGUAUAGCGCUCGAUGUCGGUUACGAGAAUCCCAUAUUUGCUGCCCUCGAGGUAGACUACAGCGAGGUCGACCAAGAUCCUAGCGGACAGGCGAUGGAAGAGGUGGAAAAACUUUUGGUAUUCUACGAAUUGGAUCUUGGUCUAAACCACGUGGUUCGAAAAUGGGCAGAACCAGUUGCAAGAGGCGCCACAAAACUGUUUCAGGUACCUGGAGGAUCUGACGGCCCGAGUGGAGUGUUGGUUUGCUCAGAAGACAACAUAACAUAUCGUCACUCCAACCAGGACGCAUUUCGUGUCCCAAUUCCGCGAAGGAGAGGCAUCCUUGAGAACCCCGACCGCAAACGAAACAUCGUCGCUGGUGUCAUGCACAAGAUGAAAGGCCAAUUCUUCCUGCUACUUCAAACCGAGGAUGGUGACCUUUUCAAGGUUACUAUCCAGAUGGUCGAGGAUGACAAUGAUCAGCCUACUGGAGAGGUCAAGUCCUUGAAGAUCAAAUACUUCGACACAGUCCCAACUGCCAAUAGUCUCCACAUUUUGAAGAGCGGAUUUCUCUUCGUGACAGCUGAAAGCGGAAACAACCAUUUUUAUCAAUUUGAAAAGCUUGGCGAUGAUGAUGAAGAGACCGAAUUCUCUAGCGACGACUAUCCCGCAGAUCCAACCGAUGACUACCAGCCAGCCUUUUUCCACCCUCGACCCUUGUCCAACCUAAAUCUGGUACAAAGUAUCGACUCCGCAAAUCCUUUGAUGGACAGCAAAGUUGCCAAUCUUCUAGAUGAAGAUGCACCUCAGAUCUACUCAAUAUGUGGCGCAGGAGCUAGGAGCAGUUUCAAAACUCUCAAGCAUGGUCUGUCAGUUAGCGAGAUCGUCGAAUCUGAGCUUCCGGAUAGACCUGAAGCUGUUUGGACCACCAAGUUAACUAGAGAUGAUGAAUAUGAUGCUUACAUUGUAUUAUCAUUUCGCACAGGAACACUUGUCCUCAGUAUUGGUGAGACAGUAGAGGAAGUCACCGACACUGGUUUCCUUUCGACGGCCCCGACUCUUGCAGUCCAACUCUUAGGAGAGGAUGGCUUGGUUCAAAUCCAUCCCAGGGGUAUUCGACACAUCAGAGCUGACAAGAGAGUGAACGAGUGGCCAGCCCCUCAGCAUCGGUCAAUUGUGGCUGCAACGACCAACGAGCGACAAAUCGCUGUGGCACUCAGUUCUGGUGAAAUCGUCUACUUCGAGCUGGAUACAGAUGGUUCACUUGCCGAGUACGAAGAAAGAACAGAAAUGAAUGGCACUGUCACUUGCUUGAGUCUAGGUGACGUUCCUGAAGGAAGAGUCAGAAGCUCUUUUCUCGCUGUGGGUUGUGAUGAUUCUACUGUCAGGAUCCUCAGCCUUGACCCGAACUCAACAUUAGAAAGCAAGUCAGUGCAGGCGCUCACGUCUGCACCGUCUUCACUUUCAAUCAUGGCCAUGUCAGACUCGACCUCUGGAGGAAGCACGCUCUAUCUACAUAUUGGGCUUUACUCUGGUGUCUACCUCCGGACAGUCCUGGACGAGAUUACUGGGGAACUUUCUGACACUAGGUCACGGUUCCUGGGCAUAAAGCCUGCAAAACUCUUCCGAGUCUCAGUCAGCGGACAAGCCGCUGUUAUGGCAAUUAGCUCCCGAUCAUGGCUAGGGUAUACCGACACCCAAACGAACGGCUUCAUGCUAACACCUCUUGACUAUGUCGGUCUCCAAUACGUAUGGAAUUUCACGAGCGAGCAGUGCUUGGAAGGAAUGGUCGGAAUUCAGGGCCAAAACCUGAGAAUAUUCACGAUCGAAGACCUAUCACGAAAUCUUUUACAGCACAAUAUACCCCUCCCCUAUACACCCAAAAAGUUCGUCAAGCAUCCUGAUCAGCCACUAUUUUACGUCAUUGAAGCCGAUAACAAUGUUCUGGCACCUGCCACUAGAGCGAAAUUGCUAGCGGACUCGACCGCAGUGAACGGUGAUGCUGUAAUUUUGCCACCAGAGGAUUUUGGACAUCCCCGCGGAAGAGGGCACUGGGCGUCAUGCAUUCAGAUCAUAGAUCCGGUCAACGCGAAAGCAGUCGUGUUUACUCUUGAGCUGGAAGACAAUGAAUGUGCGACAAGCAUUGCCAUUGCUCCAUUUUCAGGUCAAGAUGAUGAAGCAUUUUUGAUUGUGGGCACGGCGAAAGACUUGGUUGUAAGCCCUCGAUCUUAUUCGGGAGGAUUCUUGCAUGUGUAUCGCUUUCAUGAAGAGGGCAAAGAACUCGAAUUCAUCCACAAAACCGCCAUGGAGCACCCUCCCACUGCUCUACUGGCAUUCCAAGGUCGACUACUGGCAGGAAUCGGGUCUGAUUUGAGAAUCUAUGAUCUCGGCAUGAAACAAAUGCUCCGAAAAUGCCAGGCGCAAGCAAGUCCAAACCUUAUUGUCAAUCUUCAAACUCAAGGAAGUCGAAUCAUCGUUGGUGACAUCCAGGACGGCAUUACAUAUGUCGUGUACAAAUUUCAAGAGAACAAAUUGAUACCGUUCGCCGACGAUGUUAUUGCCCGUUGGACGACCUGUGCUGGUAUGGUUGAUUAUGAAACUACGGCUGGCGGAGAUAAAUUUGGCAAUCUCUGGCUUCUCAGAUGUCCUGCGAAAGCAUCCGAAGAAGCAGACGAGGACGGAUCUGGAGCUCAUUUGACCCACGAACGACAAUAUCUCAGCGGUGCGCCAAACCGACUCAGCUUGAUGACACACUAUUUCCCCGGCGACAUUCCGACUAGCAUUCAGAAAACCAACCUUGUACCCGGUGGUCGUGAUGUUGUUUUCUGGACCGGUUUGCAAGGCACACUGGGAAUGCUCGUGCCGUUUGUGAGCCGAGAAGAUGUCGACUUCUUCCAGUCUCUCGAGAUGCAACUCGCCUCUAACAACGGCAACCCACCUCUCCUUGGAAGAGAUCACCUCAUAUACCGAUCCUACUACGCACCAUCAAAAGGCACCAUCGACGGUGACCUCUGCGAAACAUUCUUCUUGUUACCCAACGACAAGAAAUUGCAGAUCGCCGGCGAGCUCGACCGAUCCGUGCGAGAAAUUGAGCGCAAACUUUCCGAUAUGCGAACACGUGUGGCGUACUAA